AUGUCCAACACGACGGAUUCAGUCAUCGAGAAGCUACCCAACACAGCGGAGCUCAAGGAAGAUGUCAAGGCUGCGUCCAAGUCCUCGCUGCAGUCGCUGCGGGCGCUGUUAGCUGGAGGUGUGGGUGGUGUGUUUGCUGUUGUUGUGGGCCACCCUUUCGAUCUGGUCAAGGUGCGCAUGCAGACUGCGGAGAAGGGUGUCUACACAGGAGCCAUGGACGUUGUGAAGAAAACCAUCGCCAAGGAGGGACUUGCUAGGGGGUUGUACGCGGGUGUUUCUGCGCCGCUUGUUGGUGUUACGCCAAUGUUCGCUGUAUCCUUCUGGGGUUACGAUCUCGGCAAGCAACUCGUCUCCAGUGUCUCAAAGGUCGAAAACAAUCAAUUUAGCGUCGCACAGGUCUCCGCCGCUGGUUUCUUCAGCGCCAUCCCCAUGACCAUCAUCACCGCCCCCUUCGAGCGCGUAAAAGUGCUUCUACAAAUUCAGGGACAGAAGACCCUGGCUCCCGGCGAGAAGCCUAGGUACUCUGGUGGUAUGGAUGUUGUGAGGCAGUUAUACAAGGAGGGUGGCAUCAAGUCAGUAUACCGUGGCUCUGCCAUGACACUGGCGCGUGAUGGUCCCGGAUCAGCGCUUUACUUUGCGACAUACGAGACCGUUAAACGUAGUCUCACGCCCAAAGACCCUGUUACGGGACAACCUGGAUCGCUGAGUAUGGGUGCGGUCAUGGUUGCUGGUGGUGCUGCGGGUAUCGCCAUGUGGAUACCCGUCUUCCCCGUUGACACUAUCAAGUCGCGAUUGCAGAGUGCGGAAGGCCGGCCAACAAUCAGCGGAACCAUCAAAGGCAUCCACGCGAGUGGCGGUCUCAAGGCUUUCUUCCCUGGUAUUGGACCUGCCAUGGCACGAGCCGUGCCUGCCAACGCUGCCACAUUUGCCGGCGUAGAGCUUGCCCAAAAGGCAAUGACCAAGAUGUUCGACCGCGACGGCGAGUAG